GCCAACGAGAACACAGGCGGAAGUAAAUAGUCGCCAUGGCAUGUUAGCUAGUGAGUGGCGAUAAAGUGGCAAGUUCAGCGUGGGUGCUCCGUUAAGUUAAACUGAUACAAUAAUUUACAACUUCAGGGUUAGUUGUUUGGACGUUGAGAAAUAACAGAUUCGCCGAGUUUGCAUUUCCAUUAUAAAUACUUAACAAGAGUCAAGGAAUCGUGCAGCACGUUUGAGGCCUGGAAAUACGCAUGCUAGUGCAGCUAAAAGCUCCCUAACGUUAACACGGCUGUUCAGCUAGCUAACGUUUAGCACCACAGCCAAAUACCACUGAAGGGGGGUAGUUUCACCAGCUAAUGUCGGCUAUCAUUUUAAAGAGAUAAGUAACGUCACCCCAGCUAGCGUUAACUCUGGCCGUGGUGGAGGGAAAGUUCGGCUAUAUUUAAAAUGAUCAUUGAAAACCUUGAUGCCUUGAAAACAUGGCUGUCUGAAACCCUCGAGCCUAUCUGUGAUGCUGACCCUUCUGCCCUCGCCAAGUAUGUUGUUGCUUUGGUGAAGAAAGACAAAAGUGAAAAGGAACUUAAAGCCCUGUGCAUAGACCAGUUGGAUGUAUUUCUCCAGAAAGAGACCCAGCCAUUUGUGGAUAAGCUGUUUGAAGCCAUUAACAACAAAAACUACCUCCCGCAGCCAGAGCAACCAUCCUCUCUGAUCAAAGUUGAGAAAGACGAGCAGAAAAAAGAUGAGACAAACCGGGAAGACGAACGAGAGAAGAAGUUUCCUCGGCGAGUGAAUCACAGCCCAUCGCAAUCAAGCUCACGUUACAGCAGAGAUAUCAGGAGAGGAGAUGAUCGUAAGAGAGACGACCGCUCCAGGAAGAGGGAAUAUGACCGCAUUCCACCAAGGAGGGACUCAUACCGCGAUCGCUACAAUCGCAGGAGAGGUCGCAGUUACAGUCGUAGCCGCAGCCGGAGUUGGAGCAAAGAUCACAUCCGAGACCGCGACAGAGAAAGGGACAGGGACAGGGAUAGGGACAGAGAUAGGGAUCGCGAUCGCAGCAGGAGCCGGUCACACAGCAGAACUCGGUCUGGAAGCAGGAGUACAGAACAAGAUCCUGGUAAAUUGAAGUUUGAUCAUGAUCGAGUGGACAGGCCAGAGAGUGGGGAUGGCUACACCCCAGCCCUGGUACCCACUGCAACCACUUCACACUUCCCUGUACCAACACUGAGCAGCACCAUUACAGUCAUCGCCCCCACACUUCAUCAUAGCAACAACACCACUGAGAGUUGGUCAGACUUCCGCCCUGGGCACCCUGUGGAUCGUGGCCUUUUUAAUAGGGGACCACCCCCUCAACAGAGGAAGAGAUGCCGUGACUAUGAUGAAAAGGGCUUUUGCAUGAGGGGGGACAUGUGUCCUUUUGACCAUGGAAGUGACCCAGUUGUAGUGGAGGAUGUCAAUUUGCCCAAUAUGCUGCCCUUCCAACCUCCACCAAUCCCAGGUGUGGACCCACCACCGCCCCCAGGCCUUCCACCACCACCUCUCAUGAACCCCCCACCUGUGAACCUGCGCCCCCCUGUGCCCCCACCGGGCACCCUUCCACCUAGCCUUCCACCUGUUGCAGGUCCUCCUCCUCCGCUUCCUCCUCUGCAACCGUCGGGCAUGGAUGCUCCUCCCAAUUCCAUGACCAGCUCUGUUCCCACCAUUGUCACCUCUGGCAUGCGCUCCUCACUUCCCCAGCCCUCAGUGCCACGCUUCACCUCCGACAACUAUGAGACGGAUGUGUACAAUCCUGAGGCUCCCAGCAUCACCAAUACCUCCAGGCCGAUCUACCGCCAUCGGGUCAAUGCCCAGAGACCCAACCUCAUUGGCCUCACAAUGGGUGAGGUGGACCAUCCACCGAGAGACAAGAUCCCAAACAACAGCAUGAGGAUCGUUAUGGAAUCUGAUUCGAGGAAGAGGCCCCCUGUCUCCCAUGAUGGAGGCCUCCCCUCCAAGAAACCUUGGUUUGACAAACCCAACUUUAACAACCCCAACCACCAGGGCUACCACAAAAGAGUCCCAUUCUCUCCUAACACCAAGCUGCUGGUUCGACAAAUUCCCCCCGAGCUCAACAACAUCAGCAAACUCAAUGAACAUUUCAGCAAGUUUGGCACCAUUGUUAACCUACAGGUGGCCUUCCAGAAUGACCCAGAGGGGGCACUGAUCCAGUUUGCCUCUCCAGACGAGGCCAAGCGGGCUAUGCAAAGCACAGAGGCUGUUCUCAACAACCGCUUCAUCAGGGUGCACUGGUUUCGGGACGAUGGGAGUGAUGGACAGGGCCAGUCUCAGUCACAGCAGCAGCCUCAGCCACAGCCAGCCAUGCCCUCAGCCACCUCUCCUAAGCAGUCUGUCAAAGAUCGCCUCGGACCCCUGCUCACUGCAAACUCAGAGCCCUCACAAGAUUCCAGCGUAGCCUCUCAGAAUUCCUCUAAGGUGUCGGUAAAGGACCGUUUAGGUUUUGCUGCCAAACCAGCAGCUCCUGUUGAAAAAGUGUUUUCGUCCUUGGGCCUCACAAAGACGGUUUACAAUCCUGCUGCCCUGAAGGCAGCCCAGAAAACCUCAGUGGAAGCCCUGAAGAAGAAACAGGAAGCUCUAAGACUACAGCAGGAUGUAAGGAAGAAGAAGCAGGAAAUAUUGGAGAAGCACAUUGAGACACAGAAGCUCCUGAUAUCCAAACUUGAGAAGAACAAAGCAAUGAAGGCAGAGGAUAAAGCCAAGAUCAUGGAAACGUUGGGCAUGUUAACCAAGAGCAUCACCAAGCUACAAGAGGAGAUAAAGGGAAUCUCAGGCAGCAACAACCCACUACGCGCAGCCAAGAGCAAGGCCCAGGCACAGAAGGAGCUGCUGGAUGCCGAGAUGGACCUGUACAAGAAGACCCAGACGGGAGAGGACACCGCUUUGUUGAAGAUCAAGUACACCCAGCUGCAAAUUGAGGCGGCUAAAAGGGGACUCCUGUCACCAGGACGAGGCCGUGGGGUCCACACUCGGGGCCGCGGUGCUCUCAGGGCCCGGGGAAGGGGCUCCAGAGGACGGGGAAGAGGUGUGUCACUGCAUGCAUUCGUGGACUAUCGACCCCGGGCGAUGGAGAUUUCUGGUUUCACCGAGGCAGACCAUGUAGACCUGCUGCCACACUUUGCUCAAUUUGGAGAGAUUGAAGAUUGCCAGAUUGAUGAAAACAACCUGUCUGCAGUCAUCACUUACAAGACAAGAGCGGAGGCAGAACAGGCGGCUCUUCAUGGAGUGAGGUUUAACAACCAGACUUUACGCCUGGCCUGGCAUAAGGCCGCCACGACUCUCAGUACUGCGGAUGCUGAUGAGGCAGAACCAGAGGAGGAUGAGUACCCAGAAGAGUCGCUGAGUGACGACGCGUUACUACAGGAUGAUGAUGAGGAAGAAGACGACAACGAGCCUCGCUCCUGGCGCAGAUGAAGAUCAGUCAGAUGCUCAUCCCAGGUGGCGCUGGUGUGGAAGACAAAUAACAAUCCAGCAACUUCAUACGAUUUCAAUGCCUGUUCAUGAAUCAUCAAGGCACAUUUUACUUUGGCUAGACUUUUUUUUCCUCCUCACAAAUGUGUAAUUGGCAGAAGAACCAUGUGCGAGUUUAAUUAAUUUUAAUGUGUAUACCAGAUGCAACAAUGGUGAAUUUUUUUAAUGCUCUUAAUGUAGAAAUAGUUCUGUAUUUUUUGUUAUUUCGGUUCACAAAACACAAAUGGUUUGUCUGGACAUGUGACAGCUGAUCACUUAAAGACACCUUUGUUGAACUCUGUUUAAGAAUACAAAGCCAGUAUUGUAAGUUAACUGAAUGACAGACUGUAGCUUUUGCAGAAUAGUAUUAGGUUGACUGGUUUAAAUGCUCAUGUGUAAAUAUUUUAUGUCUGGAUUUAAAUGAUUUGUGUGAAAGCUUGGCUUCUCAGUUGUUGGCUUUACUUUGGAUUGUACAAAAAAUAAAGAAUUGAAAUGGUCUAAAAACAUCCUGCCCAAAAAAAAAAGAGAAAAAAAAAAAAAAAAAAAAGAAACAGAAAAUGUGGCAGUGAGAAAAAAAACACUCCUAAAAGAGCUGUAAAAAGACCAUUUCAAAUAACAAAAAAAUCUUCCUCUUCCCCUAAAGAGCAAACUUCCUACAAAUUUCCUACUUUUAUCAAAUCUCACUCUAUCCUUUUUUUUUUUUUUUUUUUUUGGAUUGUUCCUUUUUUUUGGGAUUGGUAAGGUAACCUAAUAUAUUGCACUGAUUUCUAUGCCAAGGUAAGAACAUGACAAUCUGAUAUGUUGAAAUUUCUAUUAAGCAUUGUCUAGCCUAACAAAAAUCUGAAUAGUUUAACAGAAAUAUAUGAUAAUACAAAUGCAACAAUAACAAAGAACAUUGUCUUCUUUUUGUUACAGGAGCUGUCUGCAGUAUCCAGCUACAACUCGUUCUCCAACAUUUAAGAAUGUAAUGUUAUAUGUACUGUAACAGUAUUUGUCUUUAAAUUAAGUGCUGCUGUAUUAAAAUACUUUUUAAUUG